AAAGGCAGUGAGGAGGAGACAGAGCAGGAGCAGGCGCCCAGGGUGUCAGUGCUGGACGCUUCAGGUUGAAGUGACAGCAUGAGAGGAGGUUAGGCUGAGUUCGUCCCGCUGGAGAGCUCAGAUUUUAUCUGAGCGCUUUGAUGGAUUGUCUGGUUCUUGAGGAGGAUUUCUGCCCUGCUGUGUGAACAUGUUUUCACUCACUAUGGAGCUCAGCUGGCGGAGGCCGUUGAGAGUUUUGUUCCUGAUUUGUACAUUUUUCAGCCUCCCAUGUGGCUCUGAAGCGGAGAUUCCUCUCAAGCCAGUGGCUGGUGUCACCAUUCUGCCUCCAGUCAAGCCUGAUAAUGGACCCCAGGCCUAUCCUGACGCCGAAAAGGCGAACCUACCAGUUUUUACCAUGGAUUACCCAAGAAUACAGAUUCCUUUUGAGAUCACGCUGUGGGUGCUGCUGGCUUCAUUUGCAAAAAUCGGUUUCCAUGUUUACAAUAAAAUCACCGUGUGGGUGCCGGAGUCCUGCCUCCUCAUCACCAUCGGGCUGAUGGUGGGGGCCAUCAUGCACUCCGUGCACGAGGAGCCCCCCGCCGUGCUCACCAGCAACGUCUUCUUCCUCUACAUGCUGCCCCCCAUCGUCCUGGACUCGGGCUACUUCAUGCCCACCAGGCCGUUCUUCGAGAACAUCGGCACGGUGCUGUGGUUCGCCGUGGUGGGGACUCUGUGGAACAGCAUCGGCAUCGGCAUGUCGCUGUUCGCCAUCUGCCAGAUCGAGGCCUUCGGAGUGCAGGACAUCAACCUCCAGGAGAACCUGCUGUUUGCCUCCAUCAUCUCGGCCGUGGACCCCGUGGCCGUGCUCAACGUGUUCGAGGACGUCUCUGUGAACGAGCAGCUCUACAUCGUGGUGUUUGGGGAAUGCCUCUUCAACGACGCCGUCACUGUGGUGCUCUACAACAUGUUCAACUUCGUGGCGGAGAUGCCGGUGGUGGAGCCCGUGGACGUGUUUCUGGGCGUGGCCCGGUUCUUCGUGGUGGGCCUGGGCGGGAUGGGCUUCGGCAUCCUCUUCGGCUUCGUGGCCGCCUUCACCACCAGGUUCACCUCCAAGGUCCGGGAGAUCGAGCCGCUCUUCAUAUUCAUGUACAGCUACCUGGCCUACCUGGUGGCUGAGCUCUUCGCCAUCUCUUCCAUCAUGGCGAUUGUGACCUGCGCCCUCACCAUGAAGUACUACGUGGAGGAGAACGUUUCCCAGCGCUCCUGCACAACCAUCAGGCACGUGGUGAAGAUGCUGGGCACCAUCUCGGAGACGCUCAUCUUCUUCUUCCUGGGGGUGGUCACCGUCACCACGGAGCACGAGUGGAACUGGGGCUACAUCCUCUUCACGCUGCUGUUCGCCUUCGUCUGGAGGGGUCUGGGUGUCCUGGUGCUGACUCAGAUCAUUAACCCUUUCCGCACCAUCCCGUUCAACUUGAAGGAUCAGUUCGGGUUGGCCUACGGAGGCCUGCGAGGCGCCAUCUCCUUCGCUUUGGCCUUCACGCUUCCAGACAACAUCGGCCGCAAAGAGCUCUUCAUCACCGCGACCAUCGCCAUCAUCCUCUUCACAGUCUUCCUGCAGGGCAUCAGCAUCCGACCUCUGAUUGAGUUCAUCAACGUCCGCAGGACGAACCGGAACCUGGACACCAUCAACGUGGAGAUCCACUGCAGGCUCAUGGAGCACACUAUGGCGGGCAUCGAGGAUCUCUGUGGACAGUGGAGCCACUUCUACUGGAAAGACAAGUUCAUGAAAUUCAACAAUCGAAUCAUGCGGCGGAUCCUGAUCCGAGACAGCCGGGCUGAGUCCAGCAUCGUGGCGCUCUACAAGAAGCUGGAGCUGCAGAACGCCAUGGAGAUCCUGGACUCGGUGUCCGGGGACAUCAGCGCCGCUCCGUCCAUCGUCUCGCUCUACGAGGAAAAGAAAAGCUCUGCGAAGCCCAAGAGGAAGUUCCUGGCUGGAGACCUGAGGAACAUGCACGACAUCCUGUCCAAGAACAUGUACAAGAUCCGGCAGCGGACUGUAGCAUUCACAGGGAAGCACGCCCUGCCGAAUGACAGCCAAACCAAGGAGAUCCUGAUCAGACGACACGCCAGCAUUCGGCGAAGUCUCCGGCCGGGGAGCUUCCAGACGUCGAAUAUUCCCAAGUCGCAGAAGUAUUUCUCUCUUCCUGCUGGGAAAGGUCUGGAGUCCAGAUUUCCUUCAGUGCGGCAGAGCUAUACGGACCGUCAGGAGACCCUGUCUGAGCUGGAUUACCCUUCCCGCCGCUCCCGUUUCAAGCCGGCCUCGCGCUCCUCCUCGGGGGCGAUGCUGCCCCUGCGCCGGCUGGACACCCUGAGGGAGGCCCCCUCUGUGGACGUGCUGGCGGAGGACGCCAGCAGAGGGCAGGGCGUGUCCAGAACAAGCUCCGCCCACAGCGGCUCUGCGGACAACCUGAGGAACGACCACCACGAAGCGGAGCGGCGGCGGCCGGAGGGCGGCGCGUCCCCUCCUCCUCCGGUUUGGGCUGCGGAGCCCAGAGACGGCGCGGCUGGAGACCCCCUGCUGAGGAGGCCUCAGUGGAAACCCCGGAGGAAGUGAGAACCCGUUCAGACUGAAGACGAACUGGACUCUUCAGACCUGAAUGACCUCUGCUCUCUAUCAGGUUUUAAUGUUUAAUCCUUCUUUUGGAGGCUUUUAAAAUAUUUAAACGUGACGUUAAUGAAAGUGUUUCAUUGUGACCGUUUGUUCCUCGUCUGUCGGGAGGACGGUCUCCAGGUUUUACUGAUCUGUCAGAUGUGACAGGAACUUAAUGACGGAUGGGUUCUGACAUUUGCUGUUGCUCCGUUGUACAAUGUACUUUUUGGAUUUUGUCUUUUUUUUAAUGUCUGGAACAGUAACGGACCUUCUUGUUCAGAUUGUUUUUGAUUUCUGAUCCCAUAAUAAAUGCUGUGUAAAGCCGU